AUGUCUCUCUCUUCUCCCUGCAGCUGCUUCUUCUUCUUCUUCUUAUUCUAUUUCUCUCUGUUCUCUGUUCUCUGAAAAUUAUUUUACCUUUACGUCGUCGUUUUAUUGAGAUGGAGAGAGAUUUUCUUAGCUUGGCUUCGAAGACUUCGCCAGUUGCUGUGAAAGAAGAGGCCUGUGACGGCGCUAAGGAUUCAGUAGCACCAGCUAAGAGUUCAGGGAUGCAAUUGUCUUUCUCAAACAAGGUUUCUGCCAUUCCUCGAUUUCUGUCUUUCAAGGCUCCUCAAGAAGGCGGGCCAAGAAAAAUGGCUCGUGAUUCUCUAGUCUCAUCUGGGUUUGUGCCUGUAUCCACAGCUGACGCUUUUGAUUGCAACCAGAAAUCUUUUUCUGGCCCAGUCCAGAAAAAUAUGAUUCUGGAUAAGCCAGGGGGAAACCAUUAUGUUAUGACAACCCAUACAAUGCAACACUUUGAUGCAAACCAUGUCCAAAGGCCUCAGGAAAUGAGAAUGCUCCCAAUCUCCAGCAAACCCAAUCAAACAAUUGCUGCAUCUAUAACCACUCCAGUUCUUCACUGCCAGCUUACCUCCACAGGACACAGUGUGGCUGGUAAUACCAUUAACUCACAACCUCUUGGAGGAGUUUCAGUCAUAUCCCCAGUUUCUGUUAAUCCCCCAACAAGUUCCAUCAUCGGUACCACUUCCAUCAUUGGUACCACUGAUUUUAGGAAUGCUUCCAAACCUAAUGCGGCACCUGCUCAGUUGACCAUCUUCUAUAAUGGUUGUGUGUGUGUCUAUGAUGAUGUGUCACCUCAGAAGGCUCAGGCUAUCAUGUUAUUGGCUGGAAAUGGGUCCUCUUUGACUGGUAAUAAGACACUACCUGCUUCACAGGUGCAAACAUCUAUUCCGGGGCCAUCUGUUGGUGAUGGCUGUAUUGGGAAAAAUUUGCAUAUUACAUCACCCUGCCCAGGCCUUCCAGGCACUAUUUCUAUGACCUCCCAUGUUGGCUCUCACUCAGGUGGAGGACCAAGUUACACUAAAGAAAUAACAAUGGUGAAACCUAUAUCAGUUAUUGCUUCUACUAACCAAUUGGAACCCGCCAAACCAAUUAGCACAGUAGGAUCUGCUGCUACAUCUCUCAUUCAAACUGUGGCUGUGCCACAGGCUCGUAAAGCAUCUUUGGCACGAUUUCUGGAGAAGCGCAAAGAAAGGAUAAACUUUUUUGUGUACAUUCAGGGUGUUGAGCACAUCGCCGUACAAUGUUAACAAGAAAUCUCUAGACUGCAAUAGCCCUGGAUCUGAGGGUUUAAGUUUGUCAGUCAAUUCUUCUGGCUCAUGUCUUCUCCCAGCCAUCAAUUAGCAAUAAAAGACCAGCCCAGUGCAGGGCCUGUGGGACGAAAGCUAAAUUCGAACACCAAAUGUAAGAAGAAGCCUCAAUAUUGUUUUUGCUCAACUGUAAGCUCAAUUCUUUCAACUUAAUUAAAUUUUUAGUUUCAUAGGUAUAUGGUAUAUUUUUGUUUGUUUUUGUUGUUUCUUUCGACAACAUUAUGAAACCCUUACCAUUAUAUAUGCGGUAAAAGUACUGCAAACACAUAAGAAUUAUAUUUUUAUUUACAGUCUCCCUGAAUUCAAUUUUUGUAGGCCUUUUACAGUUAAAAUAAAACCAGUUGUGGAAGUGCCAUUUGAUGCUUAUUUUUUA